ACACAGUGAGUUACAAAUAACCAACGCUAAAUAAGGUUCAUUUAUUUAUUAGAUUAAUUCAGAGACGCAGUUUGCAGUUGUUCAAAUGUUUUCUACUUAUUUUCUAUUGUCAGAUAUAAAUGAUCCGCAGUAGUUGGUUUCUUGGUUAUUUGUGAAGGCUGUGAGCAGAAAUUAAUACAUUGGUUUAUUAAUUUAAUUUAUAAUUCUCAUUCUUAACACAAAUAAAGUUUGAAUUAGCAGCAUGUUGACUAAAGAGAGUGAAGUCAAGAGGAACACAUCUCCAAAUCCUUAGUUCCUUAGUAGAAGCUUUUCAUGUAUUGAAACUGAGAUGAACGGCACUUUGACACGACUUGAAUGCAGCAUUUUGUGAGCAUGCGCAGUAGGUGCUGAAUAAUACACGUGAGAGGUUCUGAAAUGUCCAUGCCUUCAGGAGAUGGAAAUUAACGUAGCAAAGAAUGUGGCUGUGACCAGCUCUGACCGACCGAGCCGAUAUGAGCUGCUGGCUUGGCUCAAUGACACUCUGCAGACCGGCUUCACCAAGGUGGAGCAGUUAUGCACAGGUGCAGCCUACUGCCAGCUGAUGGACUGGUUGUUUCCUAACUCCCUGGAACUCUCCAGGGUCCGCUUCCAAAGCAGCGACAUGGUUGAUCUUAUCCACAACUACAGUUUACUGCAAGCUGCAUUCAGAAAAGUUGGAGUGUUACGACACGUCCCCACCGAGGGGCUGAUGAAGAGGAACUCUACCGUGGCGAUGACCUUCCUGCUGUGGUUUAAGGCGUUCUUUGACAAGAACUAUAAGGAGGAAAGGGAGUACCACGCCUUGGAGGCCAGAGGUGGACAGAGUAUGGUUCCUGCUGACUCAGAUGGUCAUUCCUCCCAGAACCAGCCGCACAAAGUGGAGAUUAUUGUGAAGAUGGCAGGCAAAACAGAAAAGAAAGAAAAAGCCAGGGAGAGUUUGAACAAGAAUGCAGACGUGGUAGUACUGAUAUCUGAUGACGAUGACGUGGUGGAUGUGACGGAUAUGAAGGCGGAGCACAAAACAGAGGAAAUGGAGACGACGGCGGAAGAAGUGUCCCGGGAGGUGAAGGUGAAGGUGGAAGCAGCCGUGGACGAAGGAAACGAAGGGAGCUGUGACACUUUGUCGCGCUUCAUCAGAAAAUACUCCAGUAGCGAUGUAGACACAACGUUAAAUACAAGUACAGACACUCCGGUUCCUGGCCCGUCACAUUCUGCCGUCUGGAGUCCAACCCACCUCACUGACAUCAUUAAGGUCUGCUCACGCUCGCCGUACUGCCUCUACCUGUAUGUGGGCGUGGAGCUGGGUGGAGGACAGGACACGAGUGUCGUCCUGAUUGGCUACCAUGACCUGACCUCAGGGGUCGGCGUGGUGAAGCCGCUGCUCACGUUGCAGAUGAGUGUCAACGCCGAUGAUCCACAAACCUCAGCGGGCACGGACGCCGCCACAGACACACACACCGCAGAUACGGCUGCACGCCUUCUGAUGGAGACGCUGAAGGAAAGCGGCCUCACUCUGUGCAACGUAGUUGCGUUUUACUGCAAUGCUCCACACCCAGAGGCGAGCCGGGCGUUUGUGUCCCAGCUCCAGGCUUUCAACCCGAAGUUGGUGUCACUCUGCGGCCUCCCUGGGAUGGCAGGAAGAGCCUGCCAGGCCGGACUCUUGGCUUCCUUUAGUUGCGUGGUUGACCUGGUUAGAGACAUCCACUAUCACUACUACACCUGCCCCUCCGCCAGUGACAGUCUGAAAAAUAUGUUUGCUGAUGCAGAGUCUUAUAAGCCGUCCCAUCCCAUCUCUGCCCAGUGUUUGUUUAUCAUGCACACUGUGGAGAGGAUCGUCAGCAGCUGGAGGCGCUUAGUGGACUAUUUUAAGUCACUGGGGAAAGCAGAGGAUGCUGACCGGAUCAGAUCCCAGCUGAUGGAUCCUAAAGUCAAACUGCGCUUAGUUUUCCUCUCCCACAUUUUGGAGCCCUUCCGAGCUCUCCAAGAACUGCAGCAGAGCGACAGGGCGGCCGUGGUGAUGGAGCUCCAGCUGACCGCCGCGCUGGUUCGCUCCUACGCAGCCAAUAUCUUCCGGCCCUCCGUUGCUGCGCGCUUCGUCAGGAAUCGAGACCCGUGUCUCCUCCAAAACUUGACAGAGCUGCUCCCCUUGACGGAGGUGCUCGUAGGCGAUCGUGCCAAAGAGUUCCUCUGGGCCACCGCUGUCGUGGAUCUGGAUGAACAGGAGAGGAGAGACUUCCAGAAGGAUGCAGCGACCUUCUAUAAAGCUGUACUCCAGAGUUUAUUGGAGAGCCUUCCUGAGUAUCUUGGAGAAGUGGCACUGGAGAACAUCAGCACAGUGCUGCAACACCCAGAAAGAAUCAGUGUAUAUGCGUUGUCCAGGAAGGUGCUGUCAGAGUUCGGGGUUCAGCUGGGUCUGUUUAGUACCGGGAAUCCAGAAAGACACCAACUGGCAUACGACUACUCCGCUUUGAUUAAGACUUUAAAGGGGGAUCAUAGCUGGGAAAAGAUGUUGCAGUCCACCAGACCGUACUCUGCUCUGCGUAGACUCCUCCUGACCCUCCUGGCCCUGCCGAGCUCUCUUCACAGGACGCACGUGUUUGCUCAGGUGUUCAACAAGGCUCUUCCUCCCACUAAGAAAAUCCCCAAAGCCUCGCCUCGACCGUGCAAUUAUGAUGAAAUGCACCGCAUCGAAUUAUGGCAAUCUGUCCAGGCAGGUUAUGUUGAGAAAAAGAAAGAAUUAAAAAGGAAAGAGAGAGAGAAGAAAGAAGAGUCUUCAUCAGAGGAUGGUGAUGCUGCUGAGGCCAAACCGAGUCUACGUCUUCCUGUCAAACAGGAAAGCAGCAGCGUGGAGGACUCGGACUACACAGACAACUCCUCCGAUGUGAUCGAUGUCAUUGAAGAGUCCAGAAUAAGUCGGACCAGCAGGCUAAUACAACAGAAAAGAGAAAGUGAACGAACUCCACGGUCGCCGUCUCCAUACAACGAGAUCUGUCUUGAUGAUGAAGAUAACGCCUGCAAGAUGUCAACAAGCACACCCCCCCACUCAGCAGAAUUACUGGACGCGAUGGGGGAGCUGGUCUGGGGUCAGGUGGAGGGCUUCUCUCCCUGGCCAGCCAUCAUUGUACCCUGCAGGGGAGAGAAUCAGCUUCCAGAGAGCAGGAUGGUCGAGUGGUACGGACAAAACAUGUCCUCUCAGGUCAGACUGCAGGCUCUGAAACCAUUCGCUGCCUUCACUCAACACUUCUGCUCCAACUCCUUCGCCAUCCUCGUCACCUACCGAGAAGCCCUCUUCUUGUCCCUGCAGGAGGCAGCUCUGCGUUGUAAGAAGCAGUUCUCUGAAUGCGUUGAGGCCCGAGAAGAGCUGCUGAAACAGAUGUUGGACUGGGCCUUUGGAGGCUUUCAGCCCACGGGGCCAGACGAUCUCAGACCAACGGCUGCUACAACAAAUGGUGUUCCUAAAACACACAACAGACCAAAUGUGAAGCAGCAACUCUUCCUGAAGGCCAACAUCUCUCAGCUGUCCUCCAGCUGCUCCACCCCAACGAGCAGCAAGAGCAACAACAUCGGCACUGAGCUGACGAAGGUGUCGACCUCCAUCAAGAAACUGUCGGUCCGCUCCGCGGAGAAGUCGUCCCCCAGAGGUAGUGCUGGUGGAGGAAAAAGAGCCUGGGAGGAAGGAUUUGGUUUUGCGGGAAGUGGCACUAAAGGAGUCGUGAAGGAGACGGGAUCCAGAGGAGGAUGGGCAGCAGAGAAGGGAGGAUGGGAGGGAGAGAGAGAGGACUCGGGAGGAAGAUGGGAGAAGGGGAGAGGAAAAGGUAAAAGAGGGAAGGGUAAGAAGAAGAAAAGCAUUCUGUUCGAUGGAUUUGAUGACGACACGUCGCCAGACGUUGUGCCAUACAAGAAGAGGAGCUACACCAAAUCACACAAUAAGGUCAACCAGGCGAACAACUCUUACCAGCAGCCGGACCAAAAACUCAGAGAGGAGACCUUCCGUAGGAUCAUGGACAUGAAGCUGGACAUUGACGGCUUCUGUUUGUGUUGUGGAACUCAAAGCGUUGUGAUCUUCCACCCUCUGUUUAAAGGCAGCCUCUGCUCCGAGUGUAAAGAUAACUUGAGAGAGACUCUGUAUCGUUAUGAUGAAGAUGGAUAUCAGUCCUACUGCACCAUCUGCUGCUACGGACUGGAGGUCAUUCUCUGUGGCAACGACAGCUGCUGCAGAUCUUACUGCACAGACUGUCUGAACAUCCUCGUCGGUCCGGGUACGUUUGAUUCGUUGAAGCCGCUGGAUCCGUGGGUCUGUUACAUGUGUCAGCCUCAUCAGCCCCACGGCGCUCUGAUUCCCAGAGAGGACUGGAGCAGCCAUGUUGAGGAGUUAUUCGCCAACAGCAGCGCCAUGGAGUUAGUUUCCAGCUCUAAAGGAGUCGUGAAGGAGACGGAAUCCAGAGGAGGAUGGGCAGCAGAGAAGGGAGGAUGGGAGGGAGAGAGAGAGGACUCGGGAGGAAGAUGGGAGAAGGGGAGAGGGAAGGGUAAAGGAGGGAAGGUUCAGAAGAAGAAGAGCAUUCUGUUCGAUGGAUUUGAUGACGACGCGUCGCCAGACUUUGUGCUGUACAAGAAGAGGAGCUACACCAAAACCUACAAUAAGGUCAACCAGGCGAACAACUCUUACAAGCAGCCGGACCAAAAACUCAGAGAGGAGACCGUCCGUAGGAUCAUGGACAUGAAGCUGGACAUUGACGGCUUCUGUUUGUGUUGUGGAACUCAAAGCGUUGAGAUCUUCCACCCUCUGUUUAAAGGCAGCCUCUGCUCCGAGUGUAAAGAUAACUUGAGAGAGACUCUGUAUCGUUAUGAUGAAGAUGGAUAUCAGUCCUACUGCACCAUCUGCUGCUACGGACUGGAGGUCAUUCUCUGUGGCAACGACAGCUGCUGCAGAUCUUACUGCGCAGGCUGUCUGAACAUCCUCGUCGGUCCGGGUACGUUUGAUUCGUUGAAGCUUUUGGACCCGUGGAUCUGCUACAUGUGUCAGCCUCAUCAGCCCCACGGCGCUCUGAUUCCCAGAGAGGACUGGAGCGUCCGUGUUCAGGAGUUAUUCGCCAACAACAGCGCCAUGGAGUUUGAGCCUCACCGUGUUUACCCAUCCAUCCCUGCCAACCUGCGCAGACCGCUCCGAGUUCUCGCACUGUUUGAUGGCAUAGCAACAGGCUACCUAGUGCUGAAGGAUCUCGGCUUCAAGGUAGAGAAAUAUGUUGCCUCGGAGGUCUGCGAGGAUUCGCUUGCUGUGGCGGCCAUCAACCACGAUGGGAAGAUCAUCCACGUUGGUGACGCCCGGCUCAUCACCCAGGAACACAUCAAUGAGUGGGGUCCGUUUGAUUUGCUGAUCGGCGGCAGCCCCUGUAACGACCUCUCCAUCGUCAACCCGUUCAGAAAAGGCAUCUAUGAGGGCACCGGCAGGCUGUUCUUCGAUUACUACCGCAUCCUCCAGCUGCUGAAGCCCAAAGAGGGAGACCCCAGGCCGUUCUUCUGGCUCUUUGAGAACGUAGUCUUCAUGAACACUCACGACAAAGUCAACAUCUGCCGCUUCCUCGAGUGCAACCCGGUGCUGGUGGAUGCAGUCCGAGUGAGCCCGGCCCACAGAGCGCGUUACUUCUGGGGAAACAUCCCGGGGAUGAGCAGGCCCAUCACAGCGUCCCAGAACGACAAGCUUGACCUCCAGGACUGCUUAGAGAUCGGCAGAGAAGCCAGGGUCACUAAGGUGAGGACGAUCACCACCAAUCCAAACUCUCUGAAGCAGGCCAAAGCUGGCGACUCUCGGCUGCCGGUCCUCGAGAACGGCAGAGAGGACAUCCUCUGGAUCACUGAACUAGAAAAGAUCUUUGGGUUCCCCAAACAUUACACGGACGUGAGGAACAUGAACCGGCAGCAGAGGCAGAAGGUGCUGGGGAAGGCGUGGAGCGUGCCCGUCAUCCGCCACCUCUUCGCUCCCCUGAAGGACUACUUUGCCUUUGAGGAGCUGCCUACUUUGACCACCUCCACCACCUCCACCACCACCACCUCCUCCUCCAACUCACCCCCCCCGUCCUCCCCGGCCUCUCCAGAGCUGCAGCAGCUCAGAUAGGGGAGG